UUCAUAGCUCGGCCUUGAUCUAUAAAUACCAACUGAAGCUCUCUUGUUCAUUUUCCCUCCACCCGUCAACGUCUUCAUCAUCUCUCUCCAAGAAUGGGAGCAAAGGGAAGCAAGUAAGUAAAGUCACGCACUCUUUCCUUCUAUCUAGGGUUUCAAGUUUCUCUACCGCCUGCUUGAGUUUUCUCAUGUUGCCUCGGCGAUCAUCGAAAGUAGGGUUUUGAGGAAGCCAAAGGGAAAAGAUGAUUUCGGGAAACCCAUUAAUUCGCUGUUGGUCGCUGCCUGUAAGUAGUUGCCCAUGGAUUCUACAAGUUUAAAUCGGAACCGACGAAGAAAUGGGAGGGUCGAAGUCGACGACGAUAUAUAGCAGCAGCGGAUAUGGCCAUGUGAGGUAUUUUUCAGACCUACCGUUUCCGAUUACGAUGGGUCUUCUCGAGAGCUUUCCUGUCCUCUCUGAAAAAUCGCUCUGAUCUUGGUGAUACAUGAUUUCGAGACAGUCCCGUUGCAUUGAAUGUUUAGUCCCUCUUUGUACACACAAUUGAUCACGUCGGUUCGUAUAGUGUCUAUGUUGAGAAACAGUGAGGUGAAUGUUCCUAGUUCCUACCAAUCGAUUUAUAAAAAAACUUCAGUCCGUAUAGUUGAGUCCCAUUUUACACACGUUUGCUCUUGCUCCGUCUUAAUGCCAAGAAGCUUUAACAUGAUAAAGCGGGUUCCUAGAAGAGAGUUGUGACUAGUCGUAGCUGCUCUUCUGCCCAAAUGUCGGUUUGUCCAUCAGUCCAUGAUUCUCUAAUGUGCAUGGCAAUAAGGUCCUAGAAGAGAAUUCUGCUAGUGAGAGUUGCUCUUCUGCCUUGUUUGUCAUUGUGAUUAGUUCUUUGAUAUACAUGCUUAUAGGGUCCUAAAAGAGAACCAUGAUUAGGCUUAGUUGCCCUUCUGCCCCAUUUUUGAUAAUGGGGUCCUAGAUGGGAACUAUGACUAAUCCUGGUUGCUCUUCUGCACCCAUCCUACCAUUUUCUCUAUGGUUCUUUGAUUAGCAUACGGUGACAAUAAGAUCUAUGAGUUAACAUGUUGCCUGUUGGGAUACUUUUGUAUAAUGUUUAUGGAGAAACAGUUCAUCGAUCGAUUAUAAAUAAAUUCACUCCAUAUAGUUCAGUCCCUUUGUACAAAUGGUGGUUGAUCUUGCCCCGUCUUAGAGUCAAGAAGCUUUAACAUGAAAAAGUGGGGUCCUAGAAGAGAGCUAUGACUAGUCACAGCUGCUCUUCUGCCCAAAUGUCGGUUUGUCCAUCAGUCCAUGAUUCUCUAAUGUGCAUGGCAAUGAGGUCCAAGAAGAGAAUUCUGUUCGUCAGGGUUGCUAUUCUGCCUUGUUUGUCAUUGUGAUUAGUUCUUUGAUAUAUAUGCUUAUAGGGUCCUAAAAGAGAACCAUGAUUAGGCUUAGUUGCCCUUCUGCCCCAUCUUUGAUUUUUUAUGACUCUAAAGCUUGAUAAUGUGGUCCUAGAUGGGAACUAUGACUAGUCCUGGUUGCUCUUUUGCCCUCAUCCUACCAUUUUCUCUAUGGUUCUUUAAUUAGCAUAUGGUGACUAUAAAUCAAUUCACUCCCUAUAGAUCAACCACCAUUUGUACAAAUGGUGGUUGAUCUUGCCCCGUCUUAGAGUCAAGAAGCUUUAACAUGAAAAAGUGGGUCCUAGAAGAGAGCUAUGACUAGUCACAGCUGCUCUUCUGCCCAAAUCGGUUUGUCCAUCAGUCCAUGAUUCUCUAAUAUUCAUGGCAAUGAGGUCCUAGAAGAGAAUUCUGCUAGUCAGAGUUGCUCUUCUGCCUUGUUUGUCAUUGUGAUUUGUUCUUUGAUAUAUAUUCUUAUAGGGUCCUAAAAGAGAACCAUGAUUACGCUUAGUUGCCCUUCUGCCCCAUCUUUGAUUUUUUAUGACUCUAAAGCUUGAUAAUGGGGUCCUAGAUGGGAACUAUGACUAGUCCUGGUUGCUCUUUUGCCCCCAUCCUACUAUUUUCUCUAUGAUUCUUUAAUUAGCACACGAUGCCUAUGGAGAAACAGUUCCUACAAUCGAUUAUAAAUCAAUUCACUCCCUAUAGUUCAGUCCCUUUGUACAAAUGGUGGUUGAUCUUGCCCCGUCUUAAAGUCAAGAAGCUUUAACAUGAUAAAGUGGGGUCCUAGAAGAGAGCUAUCAAUAGUCGCAGUUGCUCUUCUGCCCCAAAUUUCUGUUUGGCCAUGUGGAACUGAGGCAUUUGGAUUUAAUACUGAGUUGUCUCUUGAUUUUGCAAAGUUAAAAUCAUUGAACUGUACUCAAUCAUGUGUUCCUUUUUUUCUCCAUUCAAUUAAAUAAUUUUGAUUCAAGAGACACAUGUUCUCUAGUUUUGCUGCAUUCUAAAGCUAGUCUGAUUCUGGAGGCAUAUCUAAAUUGGAAGGAUUAUGGUCUGAUUCUGUUACAAGUUGGUUUUUGUUGCCCUCUAAGCUAGUUUACACUAUGAAGUCAGGAAGAAGGAUGCUGAUAUGAUUUUGUAAGUGUUAUGGUGUUUCUAAUGAUUUCCUAUUGGUUCAUUUAUAGCAUAUGAUGGACUGAAAUUCAUAAAAUCGGCAUCUUUUUCUUCCAAGUAAGAGAUUAGGCCCUACAUUUUUUGGAACUCUCGAGCUGUAACUCUUAAAUGGUUACUUCUUAAAAGACAGCUUUGCUAUCUUUGAUCUUGGCGCCCUGCAAUUAUUGCUGGUACCUAUUGAGAAUCACUUUACCGUCUCCCUAGCAAGACUGUUAAUUUUUGGUAAUUCUUCAUUGAUAGCUCUGUUCAGUCUGUUGGCGUCUUAAAAUGCACAGCUUUGCUAGCCUGGAUCCUGUUCCAUUUACGAUACUGUUGCCUUACAAGCUAGUUUACAUUAGAAUUUUGGAAGACAACCUUAUGUUCUGAUAUUAUUGGUAUCAAGGUGGUGCUAACAACCUUACUGUUCCCUUCUGUUCAAAUAUAGCAGAUGAUGAAAUGAAAUAUUGUUUUCAUUGAGUCGAGUUUUUUCUGCAAAGUAAAGAAAUUGGAUCUUACAUGUGUUGAAGUUCUCCCAGAGCUGCACUAUGUAAAAUGGUUGCUUUUGAUGGCUGUUAUUUUUGGAAGUUCAGCUUUUUUACUUGAUGCCUCAUGUAACUGUUGUCUUUUGAUCUUAUUGCCUUGCCAUUUAUUGUUGAUACCUAUUGAGUAUCACUCUCCAAACUCUUAGAAAUGUUCACUUUUGGCAAUUCUGUAUUGACGAAUAUAUUGGUGCAAACAGCAGCUUUGCUUAGCCUUGAUCCUGUCCAAGUUACAAUUUGCUGCUGUCCUAGAAUUGAGGUAGUAGUUGAUCUUUUUGCUGCACAUUGUGGUGGUUCUCUAUUUUUGUGGUUGGGGUUCCCGAAGGAAUUGUGUUUUGAGUUGUUGAGUUUGCUCCACCGUCCAGUUAGCUCUAGUCAUGGAAUGACCUCUCCUUUCCACGUUCCAAGCUUGACAGUGCUGUAAAAUGGAGUAGUUUACAGGGCACUUUUGGAUGUUCAACACGAAACAGGACAAUCAAAAAGUGGUAUGGUACCUACAUUUAGAUGAUUGUUUAGUCAUAUCAGUUGCUCCAGAUUAAGUGAUUUCUGUAUAUGAAACUGUUUUUCCACUGUCCUAAAUGGAGCCAUUAAUUAGAACUUUGAGAUAUUAUCAGUUAUUGAUUCCAGCUUCCAGUCACCUUUUUUGUCCAAAAGGGAACUUUUAGAUAUUAUCAUCUACUGAUUCCAGCUGCCCCUCUAUAUCAAAACUAUGGGUGCGAAAAGUUGCGUAUGAAUUUGGCUUAUAAUUGAAUUGAGAUGAUCAGUUGUUCGUGGAUUUGUUCUAGUAUCCUUCCCUCAAAUCACAAUCAUGGUGGGGACUGUAAGCUAUGGAUUGGCAGUCCUUAAAACAUGUUUUGCUUACUUAAAGUGAUGCCCAGUUCUAACACAAAUGAGAUGGGAAUGUUUGUGUUCCAUCAGUUGCCCUUCUAUCCACCUCAAAAUUUGCUGCUUUUCUACUCUACUGUUUCGCAGAGUGGAAGUCCUAAAUGAUCACAUCAUCUUUCUUUUUUGUUUCCACUUUCCAGUGGAUUACUCAAUUGGUGAUUCCUCAAAGUGGAUAUUGAAAUUGUGACAUUAUUACGAUUGUUUUGUGAUCGAAGUAAAUGCCUAUAAACACUACUAAGAAGACACCCUUAGUACUAGGCAGGGUGUCUUGUAAGGUUGCCGUAGUGUUUGCUCCUCUUUCAGAAUGCAGUAUGUAGACUUCUUUUCAUGUUAUGCUUUAAAUGUUGGGUUAUCGUUGAUGCUUGGUCUAUGGAAAUCUUCUUGGAGGGAGCUCAAUUCUUGCAUGUAAUGAGCAUUUUUUCUGUCUUGAUGGCACUUCUAUUGCUUGUAUCUCAUCACUUAUGUCAGAACCGAAAGUGAAGUAGUUGAAGUCUUGCAAGGAAAAUUGUGAUUGCACAUACAACAAAAGUUUUAUGCCCCUAUGUUAUUUUUCCUUCUACUAACGUAGAGGAAAAUUCAAUUUUAAUCAGCAGCUGGCAUUCAAUUUUUCCACUUCAUUGCAGGUUGCUAAAACUCUUACGUAAAGGAAGUGCCGCGGAAAUGCUAUCCCCAUGUUGUUGUUUAACAGAAGGCCAGACCAGCUACCUCUGGUUAGCACGUUUGUUGUUUUGCUCUGGUGGUACUUGAAUAAAAUACCUUUGAGGGUGUUAUUUGAUGAGAAAGAUUGUUAAGUGAGUUGCCCUCGGUCUCUGAUCAGGUGUUGGUUGUUUGAAAUUCCAGUGCAACUUCAAAGUUCUGCACCAAAUACGAAUUUUGCUUCUAAUGGAGGUAAAUUAAGAAUCUGAUUUUCAGUUCAAGGGCUUCCUUUAGCCUGCCACUAGAGAGUUGCUUGCUCACUGGCCUUUUGAAAUUAAGGUUCUUAUCAAAAUAACUUGAGAACACUGCCUUAUGGCAUUCUGUCAGUCCUAUUGCUUCUUUGGGUCUAAUUCUGGUUUGAUUUUUCCUAUUCCAGACACCGGGCAGUUACAAAGGUCGCCAUGAUGGUAUAUGAUUAAAGGAGAGCAGACGGGGAAGCUUUUGAAACCUAAGUUGUGGUUUAUGUUGUUCACCCGUUACAUACAAGUGAGCGUUAGUCUUGUUUCCCAAUUCCUUUGCUUUCAUCUGUCCAGGUGUGAUGGUAAAAGUUGGACAGAAGUAGUUGCUAGCAGAGCACUUAUCUUCUACUCAUAUAAAGCGAAAUUCAGAUGUGUUGUAAAAUUGUUCUGUUGAGAUACUAGAAGGAGGAGAGUUUGACAUCUUUAAUGGUAUGUUUUCUUGCUUCACAGUGGUAUGUUUGUGAUGUUAGAGGAUGAUAUUGUUUUCUCCGAAGGAAAAGUGCUUAUGGGUGUCAUGGAAAUGAGUUAGUUCAGUGACUCAUAACUGGUGGUAUUAGUCUGCAAACUGGUCGGUCGGUCCAGCAAUUUUAAACGACACAGCGGCCUGUAGAUUGAUUCUAUUUAGAGAGUCUGAGAUAGGAGUUGAUUUUCCACUGAUAUGAGAACAGGUCCAUCUUAAGUUCAGAUGGGAGUUCAGGAACCAUUGGUGAAGAUACUGCAACUACCCAACAAUCUUGGUUUUAUCAUUUGAUCUUGCAAAUGUGGCUACUUAGUGAUAUCGUGGGAAUCCUUGCUGCGAAUCUGCAACUAGUAUAGACGACAGUGCUUAAGGGGUUGAGUAAGGAGGUAAGUACUCAGUGCAUCUGCAUCUUUUUAUUUGCCUCGUUAACCUCUCAAAGGUAUUUGUUGCAAAUUUUGAAAAUCGACUUCCUCUGAUGCCAUUCCCUUGAUGGAAGACAAGCUAUGUCAGUUUAGAAUAAGAAAGAUCAUCAACAACU